GCUGACGUUCAAUGCCACAUCGGCCGCAACCUGGUGUGACCCCCCGCGCAAAAACGAGAGUGGGAUUUCCUUAAAUGUCUCAUCUCACAUAACAACCCGCUCACGUUCCCCCCCACAUAGUUUCCCUCUUUCAUAAAAACAAGUGUCUCAUUUGCUCAUUCCUGUUACAAGCAAUCAGAUUUUUUUUUGUUUUUAAACUUCUUUUACGGUUAAAAGAUUAUUCCCCCUUCUAGCUAAACUUCUGCUUCCUGAUUUGCAGAAUAGUUUAUUUUGGUGCUUUCACUUUCUCUGCAGUCGGGGCAUCUCUUUGCAGAAUUGAGUGGGAAAUUUGAGUGCUUACGGGGGGGAGUUUCCGUUGCAGCAGAGGCGGAGUAAAGGGGCUUGUGGUCAUGGGCGAGUACAAAUAACGUGUUGAGAGUGUGUGUACAGUCGUGCUACAGUAGCAAACAACACUAUCGGUUCCUCUGCUCUUUGUCCUGUUCUGCUUCUACACACAGAUUUCCUUCCACUUACUGUAUCAGCAGCAAAGAGGUUGGGAAACAUGGGCUUCCCGGAGCUGGAUGACGCCGUCAGCCGCUUCAGGUUUGCUCAGUCCUGUCUGGGGCUGCUGGGAUGCCUGUGCGUGUGCUACGCCGUGUGGACGCCGCACUGGCUCAACGGGAGAGGACUCUGGUCCGAGUGGAACAACACUAUCAGCGAGGAGUCGCAUCGCGAGGCUGCCGCCGUCAACGCGGUCGAAGCGGAGCGAGUGUUCGGCCUGGUGUCCUUCCUCAUCGCUCUGAGCACCGGCGUGCUGUGCCUGGUGUUCGCCCUCUGGUGGACGUCUCGGACGGUGCGCUCCUACUCCAACACUCGCUCUCUCCUCCUGGCAGGGCAGGCCCUCUACCCGUCCACGCUGCUGCUGCUCACCAUGGCCUCCACAGGUUUCUUCUUCCUCUUCAGCUGGUCCCUCUUCACGUAUCAGCACCGCGAGGAGAUCGGCGGGGACCCCUCCGGCCUCGGCGCCUCCUACUGGCUGGGGGCCGUGGGCUGGGUCCUGCUGCUGGUUGUGGAGACGGCGGUGUUCGUCGCCGAGCGCUCCGUGGUGCCAGACAUCCUGCCGGACCUGGAGGAGGCCGUGGAGGCCUGGAGGAUUUCCUCUCAACUCAAAGCCGCCAAACGCGCCGCCGACUGGAGCGGGGAGAUGAAAAGGUGACGGGAACAUUAAAAAAACGAACGGAUCCACGCAACCGGACUGAAUAUUAAUGACACGAACGAAUUGAAAGCCAGGGAAACCGGUGACCAUACUUUACUUUGACACACUACAGACCGAUAAUAGUGGCUGAAGAACUAACCAUCAAAUGUGAGCACUGUCUCCUGAGGAGCCGCUCGUUAAAGGUCAACGCUCAUGAACAUCUGUCCAGGUGCUUUUUGAGUAGCUGCUGCCAAUGUGAUGACACUGUCAGUAUUUUUCUACCAGAGAUGAUAUUUAUUUAUGAAAAUGUUAUUUUACCUAACUCUGCGCGUAAACAGACAUGUCGGCUUGCUUUCUCUUGAUCAUGCAUCCAAAUGUAUGAUGGGUAAUAAAUAACAUGUGGUUUACAUCUA